GACCACACCGUUAUCACAACAGUCCAGACUUGGCCGGAGAGAAGAGCGACUUCUUCACUUCGGGUCUAAUCUUCUCUGUUUUUAUCCCGUUUUUACCUCUUUCUCCGUCGCGUUUCUCGCCGCUCGGAGUUCGCCGGCGUCUGUUCCAGGAUGGUUAAAGUGUCUUUUAACUCGGCUUUGGCCCAGAAGGAUGUGAAGAAGGACGCCGAAACUCUUAUUCCCGAGGAGGACAAAGAUGCCGAGGCGGCUCUGCUGGUGCGCCACCAGUCCCGGGCCUGGUGCUGGUGCAUGUGUCUGGGUCUCGCCCUCAUGCUGUCUGGAGUGGUGGUUGGAGGAGCCUACCUGUACCGCUACUAUGUCCUGGAGGUGAGCAGCCAGGCCCGGCAAGGGUGGGAAAGUGAAGAGGAAGGCCAGGUGUUUGUUUGCGGGGUGAACUACCGCGAGGAGGACUUCAUGAUCCAGGAGGAGGACGAGGUGGAGAUGGAGCAAAACGGCUUCCAUCUGCGGCAGGUGGAGGAGAGGAUCCGGGUCCUGGAGAGGGAGCAGGUGGAGCUCAUCAAUGUCCCAGUGCCCGAGUUCGACGACGGAGAUCCUGCAGACAUCGUCCAUGACUUCCAGAGGAGGCUGACCGCUUACCUGGAUCUGAGCCUGAACAAGUGCUACGUCAUCCCACUCAACACCUCCAUCGUGAUGCCUCCCAGAGACUUCCUGGAGCUGCUCAUCAACGUCAAGGCCGGCACCUACCUGCCCCAGUCUUACCUGGUCCAUGAGGAGAUGAUGGUGACCGAGCGCCUGGAGAACGUCGAGCAGCUCGGCUACUUCAUCCAAAACCUCUGCCAGGGCAAAGAGACCUACAAGCUGCAGCGCCGAGACAGAAUUCUGGGUUUGCAGAAGCGUGAAGCUCUGAACUGCCACAAGAUCCGUCACUUCGAGAACAAGUUUGUGGUGGAGACUCUGAUCUGUGAGCCUUAAGACGCCUCGCCGUCUCACAACUCUUAAAGUCACUGGCGUGCAGUGAGAUUGUUUUUAAUCCUCACCUGUCCUUUUUUUUUUUUCCUGUCCUUUUACUUCAGGUAGUUUUGAGUGAGUGAGAGGAGUGAAAUGUGAAACUGUUUGGUAAAUUUUCAGUGAUUGUGAAAUGAGUUUUAAAAAGAAAACAACAAAAAAAGGCGAAGAGUCGUGUAUUUUUCCACUUUCUGUACAGGGGAGCUUCUUCUGGGAAUCUUUUCAGAAAAAUAACUAGCUAAGAGUCGGCUGAGUAUCCAAUCGUAAAUAAUUUUAAUCAAAGUAACUGCAAAAGUAGCAUGAGCAUUUCUUUUAAUAGACACGAGUGAAUCCAGCAUUCGCCUGUCUUUCAUUUCAAAUAUAAACCUUCAAGAAAAGGGCAACUUUUGUACCACUCGUACUGGUUUUUGGAACUCGUCGGUCCAGGGACUUGUUUUUUGUAUUUCGUCUGCUGUAGCUAUUAAUACACUGCGCCUGUUGUUUCUCAGCUGGAAAAUGAUCUUAAAGUCAGAGUGUGGACGUGUGCGUCUCCCACGUAGCUUUAAAAAAAGUCGAAUUAGAAGAAAAAUUUUACUUUCAAAUCAGAGAGAACACGUGAAAACACACUCGCGUUAAAAUCUUUUUCACGAGGGUCGUCUGUCCUUUUUUUGAAUGUGUAAUUUUUUGGAUAACUCUUCUUGUUGUACUAAUUUGUGUAUAUAAUCUCUUUAAAGAUAUGAACAGACCAACACAAUAAACGAAACAAAAACCA